AUGCUUUCACUCUCCGUUCUCCUCGCUGCAAUCAGCGCCGUGUCUGCUCAGCAGGCAGGUACUUUACAGACUGAGACCCACCCGAAGUUGACCUGGCAGAAGUGCACCGCCUCCAGCUGCACCAACGUCAACGGUGAGGUUGUUAUCGACCACAACUGGAGAUGGCUUCACGAUGCCUCCGGCACCAAUUGCUACGACGGCAACAAGUGGACCAGUGCUUGCAGUUCCGCGACGGAUUGCGCCUCCAAGUGCUCUCUCGAGGGCGCUGACUACGCUGCCACCUACGGUGUCACUACCUCUGGCAACGCUCUCAGCUUGAAGUUCGUCACGCAACACGCCUACGGCAAGAACAUUGGCUCUCGUCAUUAUCUCAUGAACUCGGCCUCGGCCUAUGAGAUGUUCACUUUGACAGGUAACGAGCUGGCCUUCGACGUCGACCUAUCCCAGGUUGAUUGUGGUCUGAAUGGUGCCCUCUACUUUGUGCAAAUGGACGCGGAUGGUGGUAUGGCCAAGUACCCUACCAACAAGGCUGGUGCCAAGUACGGCACUGGAUACUGCGACGCUCAGUGCGCCCGUGAUCUCAAGUUCGUCGGUGGCAAGGCCAACAUCGAGGGCUGGGUUCCGUCAUCCAACGAUGCUAACGCUGGCGUCGGUCCCUACGGUGCCUGCUGCGCCGAGAUGGACGUCUGGGAGUCCAACUCUCACUCCUUCGCCGUGACACCCCACGCAUGCACGAACAACGCAUAUCACGUCUGCGAGACGUCCGGCUGUGGCGGCACCUACUCCGCGGACCGCUUCGCUGGCGACUGCGAUGCCAACGGAUGUGACUUCAACCCCUACCGUAUGGGUGCCACCGGCUUCUAUGGCAAGGGCAAGACGGUCGAUACUUCCAAGAAGUUCACCGUUGUCACCCAGUUCUCCAACAACAAGGUCGCGCAAUACUUCGUCCAGAACGGCGCCAAGAUCAACAUGCCCAACUCGACCAUCAGCGGCGUGUCCGGCAACGCCGUCACCCCUGAGUUCUGCACCGCCCAAUUCAAGGCCUUUGGUGACCGCGACCGCUUCUCCGAGGUCGGAGGCUUCUCCAAGCUCAACUCGGCCCUCAGCGGCAAGUGGGUGCUCGUGAUGUCCCUCUGGGAUGAUCACUACGCCAACAUGCUCUGGCUCGACUCUGUCUACCCUCCCGAGAAGGCUGGUCAGCCCGGCGCCGCCCGCGGAGACUGCCCCACCACCUCCGGUGUCCCUGCUGACGUUGAGAACAGUCUUGCCAGUGCCACUGUUACGUACUCCAACAUCCGCUUCGGACCCAUCGGCUCAACCGUCAAAUAA